AUGUCCUUGGAAUCAACGGCAACCAUUAAAGCCAAAAUCAGCGCUGGACUUGGCUCUAAAGCACCUAGGUAUUGGUCAACCUUGCAGGCUUUUUUAUCCGCGACAAUUUCAAGAACCGAAUUCGACGAGGAAAUAAGACAAUGUGUAGACACAUCGCAACUCGUCCAACUGCACAAUGCACUCAUCAUCUCCAUAUUUGAUCCCUCCGCCCCCCUCAUGCCAUUCACUCCACCGCCAGACGCACCGAAGGGUCCACCACGUAAACGCCGACGCUUGUUGCCAUACCAAGGUCCGGACGACCCUACGACGCUUCGUUCUGCUCGGCUUAAACGCUGGACGGUCGGUGUUGGAAAGCGUGAGCGUGAACGCAUCCGCAGCUUUGAACCUGUUGCUUUGACUUAUGAGCGAAAGUCUCGACUGGAGAGUGAUGAGAUCGCCUGUGAGCGCGGCGUGCAAUUACUACCAGAACGUGGCGAUCCACCUGGUAGUCGACCAGCUCUUCAUCUUGCCUCAUCCGCGAGAGGAUUCACGCUACAACAUGUCACUGACAGAAUUAACCUAAUAUGCGCGCAACACAACCUCAGUGCGCCCUCCAGGAACGUUUCGUCAUUAAUGGCGCUUGCAUUUGAGAUGAAAUUGAAACAGCUCAUCACUCAAGCUCUUGCUCUCAGCACUGCGUCGCAUGCUAUCACUUCCAUUCACCCCUCCGCUCCACAUUCUACUGGCAGUCGUUUAUCAACUUCAGCUUUUGAUACUUUGUUCACCGUAGCCCCCGCUGUUCUGCCAAACCGCUCUGGUGCAGCUAUGCGCCUUGCCCUUGGUGAUAAUGAUCCUCGAGACGAUGAAGUUCUCACGAGUGACCGCCGGGAACCUAGUGAGCCAUCAUGGCAGCUUCUUGCACUGCUUCGUGAGAGGAGUGCCGUGGACCAAUCGUUACAAACGUGGGGGUGA